AUGGGGUCUCCCCUGCUGCUGCUGCUGCUGGUGGCCUUGCUGACCACCAUCACCAAAGCCAAGGCGUUCAGCCGGUGUGAGCCGGCUCACGUGCUCCAGGAAGAGGGGCUGGAUGGCUACGGGGGCUACAGCCUUGCCAGCCGUGAGUUUCAAUCCCGUCUGCCCACUGCCUUUCCUUCCCAGCUGCUGCGGCACAGCCUGAAUGCCUUCUGCCCCUGCCCAGGGCUUUGCGUGGCCUUUAACGAGAGCAUCUUCAACACGGCAGCCCAAAGCAUUGAAGCAGAUGGCGGCGCUGACUACAGCAUCUUCCAGAUCAGCAGCCAGCUGUGGUGCAUCGAUGACUGCAGCCCCUCAGAUAACCACUGCAGGAUGGCUUGCAGGGAUACCACAGCACUGCUCCCCCAGAGCCAGCCCCAGGAGUGGAGGCAGCAACCUGAGCCCUCCUCCUCUGCCCAACUUCACCCCCUGGCCAAAAUGGAGCCAUGGAGACAUGAGGGGCCCAACCUGGGCAACCCGAUGCCUGUGGCCACAGGAAAUCUGUUAUUGAGUAACGUAACUGGUGAUAUCAUCUGUGCCAAAAGAAUUGUGAGAAACCCACAAGGAAUGAAUGCCUGGGAGGGCUGGGCAAUGCACUGCAAGGGACAAGAGCUGUCUGAGUGGGUGGAAGGAUGUGACCUAUGA